UGGAGAAAGCUUUCAUUGCUGAUAAAAAAUACCGGCUUUGUUAGUCGAAUGCUGUUCUAUUCUGUCACGACUAUUUUUUAUUUACGACAUACAUAAAUUUGGUACAUCAAGCAAAAGUGAAAUGAAUGAAGCCUUGCGUUCAGUUAAUGUUGACGAUACCCAUGAUUCUGGAGACGAGGAUAAUGGGUUUACACUAACAACUGAUUUUUUCGAUCCUAUCGCAGCAUUAUUGUCGAGUAUUGGUGGAGAGGCAGAAAAUCUAACUGAAGAAUUGCGGAAGUAUGGAAUCAAGUACGAGCACCUUUCUGGCCUGGUUGAUGAGGACCUAACCAUUCUAGGCCUAAAAAAUACAAAAAUAAGAGAAGAGGUAUUGGCUGAAAUUUCUUGCCUCCCGAACCAGGUGGAACACUACGAAAUAGCACUGAAAACACUUGAUCUUCACAAUUACAUCCAAGGCGUCCUGUCAAAAGUAUCAUCUCACACAGAAACCCUCAACGCUUUGUUAGGACUUAUUCAACUUAGAAUCGAUUGUCAGCAUGUAGAAAACGUGUUGAUUGAGCGGGACAAAUACGCAGCGGCAGAAGCAAGAACUCUAUGUCGAAGAUUGCACGAGAGAACGGCUUAUAUAAACAACAUUUUGAAUAAAAUCGGACAGGGACAGUUAAACAAAACGUUUAGACAUUGGCCAAAAUAUCUUAAGAAGACUUAUAUUUUCAAAAAUGUUUGCCUGGCUUCGUUAUUUUUAUAUGGUACUUAUUUGGGUAUGAAGGCUUUCAAACUUUAUACCAGAUGAAAAAUGGUUUUGUGAAUUUUAUAUAACAUGGAUACAAAGUUUAAUGAUAAAUAAAUGAACAAGUUGUAGGAGUUAUUCUCAUUCGACUUUUGUAUCCAAACCCACUAGCGAGAGAAAAGUAGUAAACAAACA